AUGUUUGCGGUCACCAGGUGCCUCUUAAUACUGUGCGCUGCUGUGGCAGCGUCCGGUUUCGGUUUGGGGGACUCGCAAGUGAUAUUUCAUUUAUUUACCAGAUCUAAUCCCCAAAUAAGCCAACCCUUGGUGCCUUCAGUACAAUCGAUUAUGACAUCAUCCUUCUCAGUCUCCCGCCGGACAGUGGUCACAAUUCAUAGCCAUGGAGAGACUGUUUCUGGAAACUUCAACGCUUUUGUAAUUCCAGCUCACCUAACGGCUGCGGACGUAAAUGUUAUUGCCGUGGACUGGAGUGCUGGAGCGUCAAUGUACACUCAAGGACUCGGCAAUGCUCCUCAAGUUGGCCGGAUUAUUGCUCAGUUUUUAAAUAUACUCAUAAAUAAUUUCGGUUAUAACGUAAAUCAAGUGCGCAUAGUUGGCGUCGGUCUGGGUGGACACGUGGCUGGAAUUGCAGCAAGACAUGUAAAUGGAGAAAUUCCUCACAUUAUAGCUUUGGAUCCAUCUCUUCCUGGCUGGACUCAUCACCCUGAAAUCUUGAAUGCUGAUGACGCAGGAGUUGUUGAAGUUUUGCACACUACCGCUGGUCGAUAUGGCUACGAUUACCAAUUAGGCGAUGUUGAUUUCUAUGCAAACGGGGGGAGCCACCAGAAUGGUUGCGCUACUGAUGUUUCAUGUUCCCACAUUUAUUCUUACGCUUACUAUGCUGAAUCUAUCAAAAACGAAGUGGAGGAUGGGAAACGAUUCGUUGGAACCGCCUGUAAUGAUUACGAAAACGCUAUUACACUGCAGUGUAAUGGACCUAGAGAUGCUGUCUUUGGUGGAUUAGCGACGAAAGUUGGUGUUUCCGGUAUCUACACAUUCCUGACCAACUUCGCUCCUCCUUUUGCCAGAGAUUAA